UGAUGGACGUUGGAUCACAACUCGUUCGGUCCCCAUGCCAGGAGGCCAACGUUGUAGGACGGUGAGAGCUUUGAGUGCGUACGCAAGUCACAAGAGCAUGGAAAGAGAUGCUGUAGCGAUGCCUAAAAGCUUUCUAAAUACCAUAUUUUUCCGCGUCACGAGUACAUCGAAACAGGAGGGACUCACGUGCGCCCCGAACCCACCAUGCCAUUAAACCAGAAAGUGAAAUGGAAUAAGUUGCGCGAGGCCUUUGGAAAGGGAAAGGAAACGGAAAGGACUGUUUUUGGGGGGAGUGCGUUGAGGGUGUGACCGACUGAGAGAGCGAAAAAAUGCAAAGCUGUAGUGACGAUCACGUGCGAGUCCGUCUUCUCAGUUUCCUUUAGACAGAUUCCUUGGGUGACGGUUCUCCUUCUCUCCACGAAAAUUAAUGGAGCCUUUUGAUCUUCUCCGAAACGGUCACCUUUGCUCACGCCUUUUUAAUCAGUGUCAUAAACCACAUCGCUUGCUGAUUUGCUUCGCCGUUUCUGUAGCAAGUGGAGGACCAGGUUCGCCGUAACACUCAGUAGUCAUGGCUAAAGCACUGCUCCCCCUUUCUCUCCUCAUUUUCCUUUGCUUCAAAUCAGGAGAGCUUGUCAAGAUAGUAAAUGCCCAGAAAACUUGGUGCCUAGCCAAGCCUUCGUCAGACCAGGCAGCUCUGUUGGCAAACAUCAACUUCGCAUGCUCUCAGGUGGAUUGCCAGAUUCUUCAAAAGGGCUGCCCUUGCUUCUAUCCCAAUAACCUGAUAAACCAUGCGUCCAUAGCCAUGAAUCUCUACUAUCAAGCCAACGGGCGGAAUUGGUGGAACUGCGAUUUCAGGAAGUCGGGCCUCAUCGUCAUGACUGAUCCAAGCUAUGGCAACUGCAUCUAUGAAUAGCAGCCAGGAAUCGAAGGAGAAGCUGCACUCGCUCGUGGUCAUAAUAAGCUGCAAUCCUCUCGUUUGUUGGAGGACAAUCUAUCUAGUCUUCUUUGCAUCUUACAUUAGUUUUGCCCAAGUUUUAGUUGCUGUAAAAAUUGUGGGAAAAAACAGGUUUUCAUUAUUUCUGUUAGGCUAAUAUUAGCUCU